CGUUCAGUUUGUCGGAGCCCCUUAUCCAGUUGUGUAUAACUUUACACCUCAGAUUGCUGUACAACCCGUACUAGCUAACAGUCCAAAGCAACCAAGGAACCUUUUUUAUGCAGGCACCAUUUUUAGCAGGACAGCAAGUGAUGCAAACUGUAAAUGGUUUUAAUAACAACAUAAUCCAGACAAAACAGGAGCCAUGUUACUGACAAACACUGGACAGACAGGGGCUGUCACAAACGGUCCUACUUGCCAACCACUGUCAGUUUUACCACAGACAUCCACAGUGCCAAGUGCAACCAAUUCUGAAUUGAUCCAUCAAGCAAACAUAUCUCAGGCAAAUGGCACCACCUGUAGUUCUGCUUUCCAAAUGAAUCAGAAUCAACUCUCUGUAUCAUCUCAGGCUUCUGCAGCACAAGUUUUAAACAAUUUUGGAUCUAUCAAUGAGGCGAACCAUUCGCAGAUUAAGGGUACAACCUGUAUGUCAGUAUUAUCUCAAACUCCAACUGCAUCAACUUCAACCAAUUCUGUCAAUCAGACAAACAUUUCUCAGAAUGAGGGCAUACCCAGCAGUAAUCCUGCUUUCCAAAUUCAUCAGAAUUCACUGUCAGUAUUAUCACAGAAUUACACAGCAUCAGCUUCAAUCAAUUCUAGAUCAGUCAACCAAGCAAAUAUUUCUCAUUCAACACAGAGCACAAGUUGUACUCCUGCUUGCCAAGUUCAGGUGAAUUCAGUACCAGUUUUAUCCCAGACUUCCACAUUAUCAGUACCAUCCAACUGUGACUCCAACAAUGAAAUAGCAUCUGACAAGACAUCAUGUGACAAUAAGCCAAUUAGUGAAAUGCUGCAACCCAAAUCCCCAUGUGAGAAAACUGCAGACAACAUACAGCAGCCAAAGAAAUUCAAGCCAAGUAUGCCAGGUCAGAAGUGCCGUACAUUCAGAAGUUUUAAACUAGUUUUAGAUAAUGAUACAGAGCCUGUUGUUUCCUCUUCCUUGUGCAAAGCAAGAACUUUAGAAGAGAGUGAAAAUGAGGACAGUUCACCUGGUGGAAGCACUCAGGAAAAGGAAAAUGAGACUCAAAGAGCAGAUAGUGAAGACUUCAAUGAACAGUCUAGAGAAUCUUCAACAAUUGGAAAUGAUUCUAAUGAUUCAGAGAAUUUAGAAUGUGCAAGAGAUAACAACUCAAAUGACUUUGAUGUUUAACAGUUGAAAGAUGAUGAAAAGAUUCGGGUUAGGUUCAAGGAGAAGGAUUUAAUGCAGAAUACACAGAAAGGCAAGAAAAGUAAAUGCAAUCUAUGUGGAAAUUAUGUAGUGAAGUUGGAUUAACAUUUUGAGAGAUACCAUGGUACUCCAUCUAAGUGUAAAUAUUGUGGAAAAAUGUUUGACGAUAUGUGGGAGACAAAAAAGCAUACAUGUACGCAAAAGGAACACUUAGAACAAUUGAAGAAAGAAUUCACUUGUAAUAUUUGCCACAAGACAUUUUCCGAAAAACAAGAUCUGAGAAACCAUAAAUUUGCAGCUCAUGGAAG